GGGAAACCUUUCCAGAAGUUUGACAGUACAGGUCUAACUUGCUCUGCAUGGCCUCAGUAAAGAAUUCACCUCGACACAGGAUGGGACUCAAGUUUGCUGAAAUUUGAUGAAAUAAUCUGUGAAAGACCUCAACUCAGUGGCGCGCUCCGGUAGACUUCCUGUUAAGCUCUUCAUUUUGUCCUGCUAUGAAGUGAGGAUCUGCAGAGUGCAGCCAGAAAGGAAAGUACAAAUCUCUAAAAUCUAAUGGAUCCUCCUGAAAGAAGAAAAGGACCAAUCCAGAGACAGGAUGCAAGUGUCACUGACAUCCCAAUGCCUCUGAGAGACACUUCACAGGAGCCACCACUUUACUAUGAAAUCCUUCCUGAAAAUGAAGGAGCUUUGUAUGAAACAACCUUGGCUGGGCUCUUAUCCCCAACUGAACCCCAACCAAAAGUUGAAGAAACUGGAAAUGCUAUCCAUCAGAGCACCAGCGGUCUUCCACCACUUCCACUCAGAUACAGGCUUCCUAGUUUGCCCACUAACUCAAACCGUGUACCUCCUCCUCUUCCCCCAAGGACAGGGCUACCCCUGAACAUGAGCAAAAAGCAGUUUUCCUGCGAUCCAGUUGAGCCUGUUCAUAAAUUUUCUCGUUCCAAGACGCAGGUAGAAAAUCAAGACCCAUGGGCCAUCCAACUUAUAGACUCUCCAGAGGGCAGCACCAAGACACUGUCUUCUUUUUCAGCUGCAACAUUAAGGCUGAUGUCACAGUACAAGCACGCAGACAGUGUUCAUAACCCUGGCAUUGUCUGGGGACGUGUCAUACAAAUCCACCCUGCCCUGCUGCAACAGGCGGAGGUGGAAAUCAGUCUGUCCACGGAAACAGACAACCACCAGCUUCCCAUCCCCACCUCAGUGAACAAGAAGGUGAAGAGUCUGAUAGAUGAAAUCCUCCAGCUGCUCGACCUCGCUCAUGACACAAGUGGGGAUUAUGUUUUAAAACUUUGUGACUCAGAAGAAUAUCUCAGAAACGAUGAACUGCUUGGCGUGCACGAGACGGUUCAAAUCUACAGCAAAUUGAAAGUGGUGAUGAACCUUCGUCUGCUCCGCGUGAACACCCUCAGACGUCAUCUGGCCAGAGAGGCCGAGGACGACAGAACUGUAUGUCAUCUAUAUCAAUACCUGCGUCCAGUUGGCAUUUACAACACUUGCAGGCUGAGCCUGCAAGAUGUGCUCAACAGCUACAACAGAGAGGUAAUGGUGCUCAUGAAUAACAAGUCUGGGAUGAAUAUUAAAGAGAUCGUGAGCAGGGUUCGCACCAUCAGCAAUCUUCUGUUCGAGCUCUCGUGUCAAGACUUAGACGAUGCCAUUGGCAGCCUAAACAGAAUCAACCCUGCAGCUUUGAGUUGUGAUGAAAUGUUUAAUUGUGAAGCUGCCAUGGUGAUACUCCAUGGAGCGCUGCAGAAAGUGCUGCAGAUGUAUUUUGACAACUUCCUGACAGACUUCAGAAGCCAAAGAAUAAUCGAGCGCCCUCAAGCCCAGGAGGUUGAAGACAACCGUGAAAUCUUGCAAUUUAAUAUUGCAGCUUUCUACAAGCUACAGCCCACCUGGUUGACCAUUUAUGAGAGUUUUUCGGUCCACUGUGACUUGUCAUAUGGAGAAACAAAGAUCUGUGACACUGGCAUUUCUGAGAAUAUCAGCACUGCCUUGUCACAUGGAAACAAGAUUCAGUGUAACCGCAUGAUGGUGUUCCCUGUUCCAGUAAACCAGCUGCCGUAUGAGUGCAUGCUGACAUUUUACCUCAAAGGCUCAAAGCGAGGAAAAACCCUAGAGCUUUUAAGCUGGGCUGUACUUCCUUUAUACAGCGACAGGAGUCUUGUAAAAGGAACCGUCCUGCUCAGUAUGUCCUCUCUACCUGAGCUGCCCUCUCCUCCCUCCCCUGCCCUCUUUGACAGCCACAGUCAGGCUAUGGGGGUUAUACUGCAGCUUGAGUUUCCAAACGACUUUGAGUGGGUGUAUCAGAGGCCCAUCGCUCUUCCCGGAUCGAUGCUCUUCAAUCAGCCGUGUGAGGACGUACAAAAGAAAAUGAUAGAUGUUUCUAAGAAGCAUUGUCUCUGUUUUCUGACAAAAAAUGAGAGGGCUUUCCUGUGGACUAAACGUUACUUCAGUGACAAAGGGAACACUUUCCUCCACCUGGUGCUCGGUGGAGUCCCCCAGUGGCAGCCUGAAGACCUGACAGAAAUCUAUACUGUUCUAGACAACUGGCUCAUCCACCUGCCUGAAGAGGCCCUCUUCAUCCUCACCGACAGUUUUCCUGAUCAGACUGUUCGAAAGGCUGCAGUUCAGUACUUUGAACAGAUUCCUGAUGGAGAGCUAGAGGUGUUUCUUCCACAGCUGGUCCAGGCUCUGAAGGGUGAGCGGAAACUGGAUGGACCUCUGGUGAUGCUGCUGCUGGAGAGAUCUCUGAAGAGCAUACGAAUUGCACAGCAGCUUUACUGGCUGCUGGAGGAUUCCCUUACUGACCCUUACUACCAGAGCUGGUUCAAUAAAGUCCAAGCUGCCCUGCGCCACUGCUGUGGCCGGGCACUGAGGCAGGAGCUGGAGCACGAAACUCGCCUGUUGCAUGUGCUUGUACAGGUGGCUGAAAAAGUUCACGCUGCUGACAAAGCUCGACGUAAGAAUGUAUUAAACACUGAAAAAAAUAAGAUUGAUGAGUUCUUCAAAGGUGGGAUCAGCUGUUGUCUACCACUAGAUCCUGCAGUCCGUGUGAAGGCAGUAAACCUGGAUGCCUGUAAGUUCUACAACUCCAAUGCUGCUCCUCUAGGAGUCUCAUUCAUCUGUAAUGACCCUUUGGCUAAAAACAUCAGUGUCAUCUGUAAGACAGGAGAUAACCUGCGUCAGGACAUGCUGGUUCUUCAGAUAGUCCGUGUGAUGGACUCAGUGUGGCUCCAGGAGGGGCUGGACCUGCAAAUGAUCACCUACAAGUGUCUCUCUACAGGCAGAGAUCAAGGCUUGGUGGAGGUGGUGCCAGAAGCAGUGACCCUAGGAAAGAUUCAUCAGGAGUGGGGUCUGAGUGGAACACUUCGAGAGGACACACUGGAGAAAUGGUUCCACAUGUUGAACAAAACUAAGGAGGAUUAUGAGAAGGCGGUGAUGAAUUUCAUCCACUCAUGUGCAGGGUGGUGUGUGGCCACCUUCAUCCUGGGGAUCUGUGACCGCCACAAUGACAACAUCAUGUUGAAACACAGUGGACACAUGUUUCACAUCGACUUUGGGAAAAUCAUGGGCAAUGCACAGAAGUUUGGAAGUUUUAAAAGGGACCGAUCGCCCUUCAUCUUUACGUCUGAGAUGCAGCACUUCAUUACAGGAGGGGGGAAGAAGCCUCAGCGCUUGCAUCGCUUUGUGGAGCUCUGCUGUGAAGCUUACAACAUAAUCAGAGCGCGCUCUGCACUGAUCCUCAGCCUGUUGGAGCUGAUGCUUCGUGCAGGAAUGCCAGAACUGAAGGACCAUAAUGACCUGCAGUAUGUCCAGAACAACCUCAGACCUCAUGACACAGAGCUAGAGGCCACCUCCUACUUUACAAAGAAAAUCAAGGAGAGCAUGGACUGUGUUGCAGUCAAGUUUAACUUCUUUACACAUACCAUGGCUCAGGGGAAGAAACAAGAGACACUCCCCCGAAACACCAUCCCUGCCCCCAGCACCAACAUCCAGGAAGCUGUCAUUCAGGGCUACUCUGUCAAGGGAAAAGAUGUGUUCUACGACCUGAAAAUAACUAUUGAUGAUGGUUUUCUGACCAGUGAGAAGACAUUUGGGCAGUUUGAACUGAUCCAUAAACAUCUGCAGAAAUAUUUUAUUGAAUCUAAGUUGCCUCCGUUUCCUAGCUGGUAUCAGAUGUCAUUCACCCCAGGCAAGAGGAUGUCUCAGCUGAAUAAUUAUCUCAGAGAGCUUUUUGCAGGACCGUGCAAGGGAGAUGAAUAUGUUUGCAGCGUGUUUCUUGAUGGCCCCAAGAAAGGACAUGAAACUUUGGCAACAGGAGCCUGUCCUCAGAUCCAGCUGUACAUCUCUCACUCUGACCACAAACUCUCGGUGUUGGUCAAACACAUCAAGAACAUUAAACAUGCAAAUGGGUCCAAUCCUGAUGCAUAUGUGGUCACACGUCUGAGACCAGAUCCUCAGCAGACCUCCAAGAGGAAGACAAAGGUGGUCCGCAAUAAUGACAGCCCCUCCUUCAAUGAGCUGCUGGAGUAUAAUCAUGUCCCCCUACUGUAUGGGAUGGUGCUGGAAGUGACUGUGAAGAGCAAGAAGAGUAAGAAGACUUUCGUGGCUGCGACAAACAUUAAACUGGAGGACGAGCUACUUGACAAGGAGAUGUGGUUUCCUCUCUGUAACUAUGUAAUCUGACUGUGAGACCUGUGCUCUAGGCCUGCUGCCAGCAGGGGGUGCAACAGCACAGAGAGAUUAAAUUUAUCCAAAGAUUUUUCAUUGUUUUCAAUCUCUAAAGAGAGAUGAAUUUGCCUUAGAAGGAACAAUGUAAUGUAUGCUGAACAAAGUGUCAUUUACAGCUUACUGUGACAUGUAACUUAACUCCAGAGUUACAUACUCUGGAAGUGGAUGUGGUGCAACCAUUCUUAGAACUGUGCACAACUGUUUACUGUGUAAAGAAUUUUUGGAUUAAUAUUGUUUUAUUAUUUAAAUGUAAAUCACAUGAAUGCUCCCAUGGUGAUAGAUGAAGGGAAGAGUGUACUGCUUACCAUACUUGCACUUUAAUUUGUUUUUUAGUUUAGUUUUUUUUUUUACUCUAUGUCAAAACAUUGCAUGUUAAUUUGCUGAGGCUGUUGAUGUGACAGAUUAAGGAGGAGGUGAUGUUUAGAGUUGCAUGCUUGUUACCUGCCCAGAUUGAGUGUGUUUGUCCCUUCAGGCUGUGUUAAGUGGAUGUCCUUGACCAGUGGAAUUGAGGAGGUGGGUGAGGAGAGUAUGUGAGCAGGAUAACAAGUCGGCCUCUCUGGCCUGAAGGGCUGAGUUAACACUCUCUCCCUCACUCCAUCCGCUGCCUUAUCCAUCAGUGGCAUUUAAGCACAGUUAGGCACAUACAUGCACAAACAUGCAAAGGCAGUCACAGGGCAAACAAAUGCCCCUGCAACACACCUCCACACAUGCACGUCCACUCUUCCUAGGCUGAGCAGGUCUUCACGUUAUCUUAAUACCAUCCCCGUCCUGACAGGCCUGCUGACCCGUACUUUCCUUUUACUCAUUCAAAGGACUUAGUGAUGAACGAGGAUAGAAAUAGACUUACCUGAACUGGAUUUGGCUCAAUAAUGUAUACCUCUUUAGAGGCUAUUUAUAUUAUUCCCUGAUGUGUCUCCCUCAAGGAAAUAGAAAAAAUGCUGGUUGCUAUUCUUUGAUAAUUGUACUCCUGGAGUAUUAAUUUAAAUCUGUGUCAGUCACCAGUUUUAGUUUUACUCAAUAUAUAUGAACCCAGUCUAUCAUUUUGGAUUUUACUUUUAAAAAAAAUGUUCUGAAAGUUGUGUAAGAGCAUUUGAAUAACCAACUUCACCUCAAUUACUGUGUCAAUAAUUGCACCAAUUAUUCCUCCUGUAAUAUGUUACUCAAGGAAUUUUUCAAUUUCUUGAAAGAUUUCUUGAGAGACAGAAUUCUCAUUUGUUUGUCUUUUCAGCCCCAUGAACCUUUGGAUCUUUUCCUCUUUAGCAACAGUGCAGGCAUGUAAAUAUAUAUAUAUAUAUAUAUAUACAUAUAUAAACAUUUAUAUAUAUAAACCGGUAUUUAUAUCUGAGGACAGAGACUGUUAUGGCUUAUUUAUUCUUAUUUUUGUUACUGUUGUUCCUGGAUCAGCCAUGCUUCUGUAUAAUGUUGGCAAGGUGUUUGUGUCUGUGUGUGAGGGAGUGUGAUAUGGAGAGCUGUUUUUAGGAAUACGAGACAAAGACAAACAGUGAAGCUGGAUCCAGGCUGCAUUUGUCUCGGCCCCUAAGAGGAACCCAGCGAUAGCCUAGAGGUGGAGAAGAAAGAGGGAUGUAAAAUCAAUAUUUGCAUGUAUAGCUGUUAAAUGCAUGAGCAUAAUUUCCAUGAAAAAGUAAACAUUCACAAAGCAGAGAAUAACCUUCAAUAAUGCUGACACUGUGAAAGUAGAGGAAAUACAGUGGCAGUCUACAUUGUUAUCUGAUAUUAUCUCCCCCCUGGCCUCAUUUCCACCUCAUGUCACCCUUUCUGGCUUGUGGCUCACCUUUCUUCAGGCUGGUGAAGGGCAGCGUGUACUGGCCCACAAACUCGCUUUUGAGGAGGUUGGUCUGAUCUCGGACACAGAAGUGGAUGAGGCAGAGCUCAGGGACACUGAUACUGAAGUUCAUGUCAGCAUCCCAAUGAGGACUCAGAGCUGUA